CCAUUAGUUUCUUUUCAAUAAUAAAUCUUUCAACAAUGUUAAAGUUUGCCUUAGGACUUGUAGUUCUAUCAAUAAUUUCUUUCGAAAUAACUCACGGUAAAGUUUUUACAAAAUGUGAACUUGCUCGUGAAUUGUUUAAGCAAGGAAUACCCAAGUCUGAACUUCCCGAUUGGGUUUGUAUGGCAUCAGGAGAAAGCAGUUUUAAUACCAAAGCCACUAAUCGCAAUAAAAACAAGACUGGAGAUUGGGGUAUUUUCCAAAUCAACGAUCGCUAUUGGUGUAAACCAUCUGAAAAUCGACCAUCGCACAAUAUUUGUGGUGUUUCUUGCAAUGAUUUGUUGCAAGACAAUAUUGCCAAGUCUGUUGCAUGUGCCCGUAUAGUUAAAAAACAACAAGGCUGGGAAGCAUGGAAUGCAUGGAAAAGCAAGUGUCGAUCUAAUAAACCUUCAGUCAGUGAGUGUUUUUAA